UUGUAAAUAUUUUUCAAGAUUUUACAUAAUUCAUGGUACCUAAUUAAAAGAAUGUUUCACUACAUUUGGUCUUUGAUCAAUUGGUAUCUUCGACCCUUUAUCAAAUGGGUACUACGACAAACUACACAUAUGUGUGAACUUCAAAGAAUAUGUUAUGGCAAGCCAUCUGGUGCUCCUCGUACAUAUGCAGUAGAGUAUUCUCUUAGACUCUCACGAAAUGCUGAUAUUAUAUCUUUAAUUUCAUAUUUGGAUGACAUAGCUAAUCAAUGUGCAAUAACUAUAAGAAGCGAGCGUGGAAUUUUAGAAGAAGCAAUUAGAACUGUACUGAUAACGAAGAAAAUAAAUCCUGCAGCUCAUCCUGAUUUCUCUAAAAUAUUUGGUAAGUGUGUGGAAUUAAUUUGGGGUUACAGACAACUUUGUGUGGAAUGUGAAGAAUUGAGGCAAAUACAAUAUGAUUCUGGGAAUCCUGUACAUGAAGAUUUACUUUUGAGAUUGUGGGACCUGUUAAUGCCUUAUGAUCCACUUGAUGCAAGAAUAACCAAGCAAUGGCAGGGUAUUGGUUUUCAAGGCGAUGAUCCAAAAACCGAUUUCAGAGGAAUGGGUCUAUUAGGAUUAGAAAAUCUGGUUUAUUUUGCUCAAGAAUAUCCCAGUGCAGCAACCCAUGUCUUAACACAUUCAAUGCAUCCACGAUAUGGAUAUGCUUUUGCCAUAGUUGGCAUUAAUCUGACAAGUAUGGCAUUGAGAUUAUUAAAAGAUGGAUCAGCUAAAACACAUAUUUAUAAUUCAUCUAAGACUUUACCAUCGCUUCGUGCCUUUCAUCAAUUUUAUUGUUACUUGUUUUACGAGUUUGAUGGAUUCUGGUUAGAAUCUAAACCUAAUAAUAUAAUGGAGUUUUCUUCUAUUCAAAAAAAAUUUGAGAUAAAUAUUAGAAUGGCUCUUGCCAAUCCUUCAACUGUUUUUAGAAUAAAUUUAUCAGUAGAUAAUAUCUAGCACAAAUGUGAAGAUUGUGUUUAACGUUGUUUGUAAGAAUAAAAUUUAUAUAAUU